AUGUCGGGCUAUGGCUUCAAAUUCGCUUGCACAUUGACGGGGUUUCAUUUCGCGGUCACGGCGUUAGUCGGCAUGGCAUCAGCUGCAGUGGGUUAUAUUUCAAGCAAAGCCACCGUGCCGUUCUUGGAGCUCGCCUGGUUCUCCAUCGUUGCAAAUCUCUCCAUUGUUUCCAUGAAUCUCAGCCUCAUGCUUAACACUGUUGGCUUCUACCAGAUUGCGAAACUCAGUAUCAUACCGACCGUGUGUCUCUUUGAAGCGUUGCUCCACUCCAAGGCUUAUUCUCGAGAAGUAAAAUUCUCUGUGGCCGUUGUGAUGGUGGGAGUGGGAGUCUGUACCGUCACUGACGUCAGCAUGAACCUUAUGGGUUUUCUCGCUGCUCUUGUCGCCGUCAUCAGCACUUCCCUACAGCAAAUUUUCAUCGGGUCUCUUCAAACCAAGUAUAACAUUGGAUCCUUUGACCUGCUCAGCCAAACUGCACCCAUUCAAGCAGCAUCCCUGGUGGUGCUUGGCCCCUUUGUUGACUACUUCGUUACGAAGCUUAACAUUAUGGACUUCACCCUUACUGCAGGAUGCACAGCUUUCAUAAUCCUUUCCUGCUUGCUCGCUGUUGUCUGCAACCUCAGCCAGUACCUCUGCAUUGGAAAGUUCUCCGCAACAUCGUUCCAAGUCCUGGGCCACAUGAAGACAGUCCUUGUCCUUGUCCUGGGCUUUGUAUUGUUCAGCUCUCCAAUCACCAUCAAGAAUGUGAUGGGCAUGCUCGUGGCUGUAGUAGGAAUGGUGCUGUAUAGCUGGGCUGUGGAGAAGGGCAAGAAGGAAAAGGAAGGCAAGGAGACUGGAAUGGUCAAGGUGGGCCAACCUUCCCCUAGAGGAUCGGAGGGGAAUGCGAGUGGCGGUGAAGAGGAGAGAGCAGGUCUGCUUUCGACAGGUAGGGCUGGAGAGGAGGAUUUGGAAUCUGGUAAGCAAGGUUGA